UAUAUAUUGUGUGUGAUAUGGUGGAUAAAUUGGUGAUAGCUGGGGAUAACUGUCAUUUUGCCCUUGACCGCUGGGGUGCUGACCGUUAGGGUGGGCAGUGACUUUCGUUUAUUCGUCUCUCUAACAAGGCACGGUUUGUGCUUUCCUUGUUAAUCUACCCUGCUAUACUCCAUGGAUCUGCACCAUACAGACGCCGUUGAACCAAAUCCAACCAAAAUCUACAUGGAAACCCGCCCAUAAGACCAUUAAAAAAGCUUUGGCUUUCGUUGGAACUCUAUCGAAGCAACAGCUCAGCUCCCCUCGUUAAAAAGUGGACCAGACCCUCUCUGGAUCUUAUCCGAGAGCGGGCUCAAUCUGUCAACGUCUCCCACGGUCUUGUGAUAACUGCAAACCAUUUAUUCUGUGCUCUUGUGCUUAGCAAGUUUUCUUUUCCUACCUUUGCGAGCGCUACAAACAUGAGCACAUCCCAUGAGCCGCCCACCAGGGCGGAGGGCCUUAGAGAGAGGCAUCGACUUUCCGAUGAGAAAAACACGCCAAACGUCAUUGAUGCGGGCGAUGCCGCCGCUGCGGAGGAGCUGGAGAAGGAGAAGAAGACGUUUGGGCGGACUCCAGACGGAACCAUCUUCACAGUUCCUCACACACACGACAUGGUCUCGCAGCUCCUCGACCCUCGACAGCCAAAGAACUUUUCCGAUGUGGCGGUUUUGGCCGUCAUGGCUGGCCACAUCCUGCUCCUCUACGUCCUCCCACGAUUUAUUCGGGUCCCUCUCUUUGCUGUUGUAUUUCUGUUCUGGAGAGCUUGCUACAAUGUGGGGAUUGGCUACCUAUUACGCGUACAAUCCAACCACAGACAGAUGGAGACUUGGGCGAAGCAAUGGAAGCUCUUCGAGAACCCAGCGUCGGGAAAGAACCCAAGACCUUGGCUGUAUGACCUUCUGAAGCGCGAGCUGGAGGCAAAGAUACCGGAAGAUUACAGUUUUGAGAAGGCGCCGAUCGAGUAUAACACCUGGCUUGUCUUCCGACGUGUCGUCGAUCUCAUUCUCAUGUGCGAUUUCUCAACGUACUGCCUAUUCGCGAUUGCAUGUGGAAGCCAACCAGUGAAUGAAAGUUAUCUAAUGUUCGCGGCCCGCUGGGUUACUGGCCUUAUCCUCUUCGGUUUUAAUGUCUGGGUCAAGCUUGAUGCCCAUCGUGUUGUCAAAGAUUAUGCAUGGUACUGGGGUGACUUUUUCUACCUUAUCGACCAAGAGUUGACAUUCGACGGCGUUUUUGAGAUGGCGCCUCAUCCCAUGUACUCCGUCGGAUACGCCGGAUACUAUGGUAUCUCUAUGAUGGCAUCCAGCUACUCGGUGCUUUUCAUCUCCAUUAUUGCACACGCCGCCCAAUUCGCAUUUCUUGUCUUGGUUGAGAACCCUCAUAUUGAGAAGAUCUACAACCCCCCCGCGCCAAGAACUAGAAGAGAUACGAAUCCUACCCAUGCCGAAGUUGAGGAAGCAACCCACGAAGCAGCUGUUGCUGAGGGAGUGCCAGAGGAACCUGUCUUGGAACCCUUCAGACCCAGGUCCCCAGUGACACCUGCUCUACCGUCCAACCUGCACAAUGUCAUGGGAUUUGACAAUAUUGACCCAUAUCGCAUCACGGAUGUGUCUGUACUCCUCCUGGUGGUGUACACCGCGCUAUUGACCUUCUUCACGCCCAGCACACCAAUUUGGCAGGUAUUAUUUGUCCUCCAUGCUACCGCGUGGCGAUUAUGGUACAGCCUUGGAUUGGGAAUAAUCCUCGAUCAACAAUCUAACAUGAAACUGUGGACUCGUCACUUUGUCAAGUACGGCGAGAGCGCAGAGGAGGCAUGGCGUCAAUGGAAGGGCAUGUACCACCUCAGCAUGUCAAUGGCCUGGAUCAGUUUCGUUGCAGCAGCAUGGAAAUCGUACUCAUCUCCGCCAGACUGGGACUACGGACUAGUCCUCCUAAGACAUGUGGUUGGAUUCGCCCUUGUGUCCCUGCAGCUCUGGACCGCUGUGAGCAUCUACGAGUCUCUCAGCGAGUUUGGGUGGUUCUACGGCGACUUCUUCUUCGACCACGCACCAAAGCUGACAUACAGCGGCAUCUACAGAUACCUGAACAACCCGGAGCGCAUCAUCGGCCUCGCCGGUGUGUGGGGAGCAGUAUUCAUUACGAAUAGCAAGGCCGUAUUCUUCCUGGCCUUACUUAGCCAUAUGCUCGCACUCGGAUUCAUCCAAUUCGUUGAGAAGCCUCACAUGCAGAAACUUUACGGACAGAGCCUCCGCAAAGAGGCUGGGCUUACAAAGACCUUCCGCAACUCCCUACCGCCACACUUCAAGUCAUGGCACGGUAGCGUCGACAAGGUUCUGGGGGAUACCGGAAACUUUGUCGAGGAUUUCCUCGAUGCUGCUCGCCCCAAGCUCGCCACUGGUGUUUCCACCUUUGUCCGCGACACCACGGCACUCUUCCAGCAGUACCCUGCACGACUGACCAUCACUCGCCUGGCACCUGACCUCGCAGGCUACAACCCCAAGGACUACUCUAUCAACAUCGAAGACUCCUUGACCACCACAAGCAGCCCCUUCAGAUCCCGAACCUUCGAGUACGGUGCACCCAUCCGCGUCAAGUGGACUGCCCCUGCCAACCACAGCCACAAGGACUGGAUCGGCCUCUACAUGGUGGCCGACAACGCCUCGCGCGACGUUACCCGCAUCGCCUCCGUCGGACGUUGGAUUCCCACCUCGCGCGACGAAUACGACUCCUCCAUCGCUGAUACCGGCAUCCUGUCGUCGAACAAGCCGUACAACGGUGGCGACGGUGAUAGCGUCCUCGUGCAGGGUGAGAUGGUCUUCAGCGGUGACAAACUCUUCUGGACGCACGGCGUGUUUGAGUUCCGGUACCACCACGAUGGCAAGCACAACGUCAUGGCCAUCUCGCGGCCCUUCACCGUGUGCCUCGCCCGUUUUGACGAGGAGGACACGACGGGCCCUGUGCGCGUUGCCAUUGAAGAGGCGCUGCUCCCAGUGGUCCGCAACUGCUUUGACCGCGACCCGGAGGUUGCGCCCGAUGGAGUGGAGGAUGGGUUCGGAGAGCUGGUGGAGCGCGAGAGCAAGUAUGCACGCCGCGUGGUAUUUGCUAUUAAGGAGGUGUUUGGAGUCGAAUUUGCGCCGGGGGUGGUGCUUGCGGAUGGGAAUGUGAGGAAUUUGGCGUGGAGAAUUUGUAAUGCGCGGAAAGUGCUGGCGCCGUAUAGCAUGUCGAGUGGGAAGGGGACGACGACGCCCACUGGAGCUUGAGUGGGUUGGUUGGCUGAGUUGGCUGGACUAUGUUGAGUUGUUGUGGGAGGCAUUUUGCCUGUUGCUCUUUGUUAUGGAGGUGGAAGGAGGUUGUUCGAAGCCUAGCGUAAAUAGGACACAUUAUACCAGUAACGUAUAUAGCAUAGCACUAUAAGAAUCAUGAACAUAGCA